AAAAUAGUUUUGGGCUUGUCUACAUAAGCGAUUGAUUAAAAUAAAUGAAAAAAAAAAUUCAAAAAAACCAGCCAAUAGAAUUAUAACGUUUUUCCUGAGAAGCUCUAUAUGAGUGCCACCUCAGCAGAAAUCACUAAAGUAACUUCUCUUUUAAUGUAUAGGGGGAUUUCUCCUAACUUUAUCUCAUCCCACGUUUAUCUAACCAUAUCGACAGUUUAUAUAUAUUCUUAAAAAUAUAAGAUCAAUUUUGAGAACUGUUGGUUAUAGUACUUACCUGAAACUAUUGUUUUUUUCUAUUUGAUGUUAAACUAAUUUUUUUCAGCGAUGUUAAACUAAAUAGUUAUAAAAAAAAACUAAAUAGUUAUUUAAUAAGGAUAAGAAACCUAGUAUUCUAAUUUCCCCUACAUUUUCUUUCAUAAUGAACCACUGCUUUUAGUUUAGUUAGCCAAAAAACAAAAUUUAUUCAGUUAAGUAUCUUUAUAUAUAAAGAAGGGUUUGUAUCCCUCACAUGAAGCCACAUGGGAUGACAGGUCAAAAAUCGUUUCAUGUCGUCGCGACACCUGUCCUGCAUUCAAAACGAAACGCUUCAUUAAGUAAUGUAUUCAGGUAGGCCUGGGAUUUCGGGUAUUCGGAUCGGUUCCGGGUAAGAUCCGUUCGGGUCCGGAUAUUCGGUUAUUUACAAAUUGUAUCCAAUGAGUACUUGGAACAGUUCGGUUCGGUUUCGGAUCGGUUUUCGGUCGGUUCCGGGUCGGUUCCGGAUAUUAAAUUAUUAAACCAAAACUAAUAUUUUUAUGUAUUUUAUAUUUUCUAUUUUUAUUUUUAUUUUUUUUUUAAAAUAGUUUAAUCCAAAUCGGAUAUAUAUGUAUAGUUUAAAAGUAACUACAACGAAAUAGAAGUGGUGCAGUGGUAAAAGUUGAUGUACUUUCAACUUUCCCACCCGGGUUCGAAACCCAUGAGGCGCAAAUUCAUGUUUUUUAAACAUUAUUUCGGUUUAAACGGGUACCCGAUCGGAUCCGGAUAAAAACCCGAACCGACCCGAUACCCGUGGAUAUUCAUAAACAUUACCCAUCGGUUAAAUAUGCCUUAUCCGAAACCGAUCCGAACCGGUCCAUUUCGGGUCGGAUCCGGUUCGGUAUUCGGUUCCGGUUAAAAAGUCCCAGGCCUAUAUUCAGGUUAUUUCGGCUUCUUCUUUACGCAUACAUUUCAAUGUGUACUUGGGCUAAGAAAUCAGAAGGGUCUGUAUUUAAAAGUACAUGCAGCCCGAAAGCCCAAUAAAGUGUGCCCUAAUUGUGUCGACAAGAAAAAAUGGAAAUUUUAGGAUCGGCCUUUACUUUGUUCUAUGGCGUCUUCUCAUCUUCCUCACUAUCUCUGAAACCGCACGAGUUAUGUGAUUAAUCAUAUUAAUUCAAUCAACCAGGACGAGGUCUUGAAUGUAUGAUUUACAUCAGUGAGGCGGUGUAUUGCGAGUAUAAAUAGCCGGCAGGUGUUCCUCUGUUGACGGUUGUCGAGGUUAGGUUGAUGUGGUUCUGGAAGGCGUGGUGGGGAGAUGUAAAUGGAGAAUCGUGUCUCAAGAACAUCUCUCUCUGAUGGUCUUGAUGGACUUGAGGAAGGCCACUUAAAGGCUUCCUCUUCGUAUUCUCAUGGUACAAGUGAAUGGGCGAUGAUGAAUCACUGGAGAGUCUGCAGGACAGAGUUUAAUUUCUAAAGGUGGGAACGGAUCUGAACUCUUAAGAGUAUAUCAACAAGGAUUUGUAUGUGUAACCCUUAUUGAAUCUUGAGCUAUAGUCUCUUGCUUUCUGACAAGUCUAGCCAUCAAGACAAUACCAUUUUGAUGUUAUUCUUUUCAUACUCAUGUAUGAUAUCAUCAGGUGACUGGAGACAUACAUGAAGAAGUUGAGAGUUAUAACCGCUUGCUUGACAAAGUGGUAGACUGGUAGUUCACAAUGGAAGAAGACUCACGAGCCUGCACAGAAAACUGCUGCCAUUGUGACAACCCUAUUGAAAUUAGAGCCACAUGUGUUCCCAAAACAAUCAUGGAUGAGAUGUGUUUAGUUGUUUCUCCAUUUGGCUGAGUUUCCUCCCAUUAAAUAUGUGCGGUAAUUGAUCUGAAAUUAUGUGAACUUUACAGGAACAUUGGAGAAAACGAACGCUCUGGCUGAUGUCAUAUAAGUUCCUGGAGGCACUUGCUGUUAUUUUUAGAAAAUAUUUAAUAAAUUUGUUAUGUAAUAUUGGAAUCUUUUUAUUGUUCCAUUACUUAUUUAUCUAAUCUAUUAAAACAGGAGUACAAAAUUAAACUUACCCUUACACUUGCACAAUAUUUACAAUAACAUGCCACUAAAAUAUUAAAUAACCAUAAAUUUAAGCUAUUAAUGUGUUUUCCUAAUUUAAUUACUCUUUACCUAAAUAAUUAUUCUAUUUAUUAAAAACACCACUCCACAUAUAUCUCUCUUAUUAAAAGCAACGAUUCUAUUGUUACAAAAAUAUUCAUGUUUAUUGAAAAUCAUAAAAGUGUAAUUUGAAGAAACAAACAAAAUUAUAAACAAAUUUGAAUUAACCCUAAAAUGAUAUCAAUUGGUCAAAUAAAAUCUAAACUUAACUAAUUAAUCGAAUAUUCCUUCCAUAUAUACUAUCACAAAAAAACGAAACUAACGAAAUCUUUUAGUUAAUUCCAAUUUCCAUCAACAACAAUAUUCCAUAUUAGUUUAUUAGGAACUAAGUCGUAUAUGGAAAUAAAAAUAUAUGAAUAUAUAUAGUUUAAACGAUCGUAAAGUAUUGUGACAAAAUCAAAUAUCUAAGUUUAACUAUGGAUCUAACCGGUGAUCAUUAGAGGGACAUUAAGAAUGAGUAGGAAAAAAAAUGUAGAGGAAUAAAAUUAUAUGAAUGAAAAAAAAAUUAUUUCUCAUCAAUUUUGGGGAGGAACAAAUUUGUUUUAUAUUCUUCUAGAAUAAAAGGAAUAAGAAGGAAUAAAAAGGAAAAACUAUUUCUUAUUAAUGGUAAAAUAAAAAAUGAAUAACAAAGAAUGUAUUAUUCUUUUUCAUUCUUUGGUCACCAGUUAUACCUUAUGUACAAUAUGAUAUACUUUCGAAACCAGGUGUUUUGCCCGCUAUCGCCGGCAUAAUCAUUUUAUUCUUAUUUAUAAACACAUGCAUUACAAAUUCAAAAAUAAUUAUGAUAAAAAAUUGUUUAUAUUCUCAAAAUUUUAAACUCAAUAUAAAAUUAUUAAAUAACAAAAUUAUUUAUCAAAAAUAUAUGUUUGUUAUUACAAAUACUUAUUAGUUUAUGUCUUAUUAAUACAAUAAAAAAUCAGUAUGAUAUGUUAUUAUUUAUUCUCUUUAAAAUUUCAAAUUAAACAUCAAAUUAUUUAUAUAUAAAAAAUGUUUUUUAUCUAUAAAAAAAAUAUGCAUAUUAUUGUGUUGAAAUUUUAAAAACACUUAUAUAUUAGAGAUAUUAUAGAAAAUUCAUAAAUCUUUCAAAAUACGUUUUUAUAUUAGUAUAUUCUUAUUCCAAAGUCUUGAAAAACAUGUUUUUGAUGUUAGUAUGUUUAUUUUUUAAUAGCCUUAGCACAAGCUAACAAUAUAUAUUUAUUCUAUUAAAAUUGAAGUAAUAACCAAUACUUGCCUACUUUAAAGUGAUUUUUUACAUUUCCUUCAAUCUUUUUAACUAAUUUAAACCUCUUAUUUUAUUGUAUUUACCAAAUAAUCCGACUUCAUUUAUUACCCGAUUACAUUCAUUUUUUACUCUUCCUAAUUACUUCAUUAAUUAUAUUUAGGAUAAUAAUUCGACAACAUUUAUUUUACGUGAUAACCAAAAUAAUUUCACAAGUUUGAAUGAAAUUAAUUCAUUCAUAACAAGAAUUCAAAAUGUUAAUAAUUUUUUUAAUUUGUUUAUAGAAUCAGUUAGACAUGGGAAUCCAAGUACCCGUUAGGGUACGGACCAGUUUUCUGGAUAUCGGAUUUUUGGAUUUAAAAUUAAACUUUGUUCGGAUAUUAUAAAUUUUAGACGGGAUCAGUACUCGGAUCCUUCUGGAUCCGGAUAGGUUUGCAUGAAGCUAAAAAUAUCCAAAUAACUUAUGUGUUUAGAAAUUUCAUUAAACAAUUUAUAAAAAAGUAAAAAUUAACAUCCGCACGGGCGUGCGGGUCAAGCUCUAGUUGUUAAUAAAAUGACAAGUUUACAGAGGAACACAUAAUCCUAUAAAAAAAUAUUUAAUGAAAUCAUAUAUUUUACACCGUGCGAGUUCCAGCACUGGCUUAUUUUUAAGUUUAUAUAAGAACACGUACAAAUCACAUAGAUAAAAUGUUGUUUCGUCACAUAUUUUACACCAUGCGUGUUCCAGCACUUGCUUAGUCACAGAUUUUUUUUUUUUGGGUAAAAUGUUAAGCUUACCAUUUUCUGAAGAUUUUACAAUGUUGUUGUUAAACAACUUAUUACAAAAUAAAGAAACACACAACCACAACCCAGCUUAAAGAAAAGAGAAAAAGCCUCAAGGAGGCCUAAUAUAUGAUAAGUAAAAUAGUAGCAGAGAGGUGGAAGAAGAUCUUGCCGAGUACAAUAAGAGGCGGUCACACAUCAUCCUGUCAAGGGAUGAACUGAUGACUGCUGCUGGCGUUGAUGUAGCGGUGAACACUUGGGCAUUGCGCUCCUUCCAGAUGAAGUACAUUGCCGACUGAAAGUAGAGCUUCAUGACUGAGGAGACAAGAGCAAUUGAUGAAGCACGAGGCUGAUUGAUCCAAGCUGCGACAGAGUGUAGAUCCAUAGGGGAUUUGACCAACAAAAUGUUAAUUUUCAUGCAUAUAUUUUAUAUGCACCUGAUGUUUAAAUAAACUCUCUCUUAAAAAAAUACAUUGAUUUAAUUUAAUUUUAUGAUUUUAAUUUUUAAUUUUAUUUAUGAAAUCAGUCAUUGGAAAAAUUAUGUAUGGCAAUUAAGUUUUCCAUUGAGUUAAAUUAUUUUAUCUUAAUGAAACCACAUAUAUUCAAAUAUGGAAUGAAUAUUUUUAAAAGACCAAAAUAUAAUAAUUUUGGAUAAUAUCUUAUUUGUUUUAUUUGUAUUGAUGUGUAUUUUAUUUUAUUUUAAUUAAAUUUUAUUUAUAAGUUAUUUAGCUUUGGUGUUAUAUUUUUUGCGGUAUAUUUAACUUGGCCAUGAUAUAUAUUUCUAAAAUCCAAAAAUCAACGAUGUAAAAUUUAAUAUUUAAUCUUAAAUAUGUUAUUUAUUUUUCGAUUCACUUUUAUCAACUUUUCUUAUAACUUCUUCUCAAAGAUAUAUUCUAUCACAUAUAAUCCUUCAUCAUCUAAAAAUUUCUAAAAGAUAAAUACAAAUCAUUAUCAUACACAUUUUUUGCAAAUGCAAACCUGAAAACAAACCACAAAAUCAUACAAAAAUAAUAAUCUAAAUCACAAGUAAAGUAUAUCCCGUCCGUAGGGCGGGCCGACCCUAGUAAGUAAAUAAAAAGCUCUUCUGAUCAGUGACCUCUUAGGGAAUAACUUUUCUCUCUUUGCAAACAAUGGCUCUUGGACUUUUCAUUCGCCCAAAAAGUUCGGCUCAUGAAAAUAGUUAUUGAAUUCUUCUUAUUUCUUGGAAUUAAAGAAUAUUUUAACUUGUUUCUAAAUUUAAACUACGAAAAUAAAUUCAACCUGAGGUAAGAUACUUAGAGCAUCCACAUUAGUGAACCCCCCUUUGGGGUUCAUAGGAUUUUUUUAAUAUUUUUAGGUGGGGUCAUGAAUAAUGUUGAACCUCUUGGUAUUGUGCUUCUGCAUUAGUGAACCUGAAAAGGGGUUCACAGGAAUUAAAUAAUUUAUUUUUUAAUUUUUUUUAGUUUUGAAAUUAUUUUGAAAACAUGAAUAAAAUAUUAUGCAAUAAAUUUUUUAAAUAAAAUUUAUUCAUUACAUUGAUAAUUGAUAAUUGAUGAACAUACAAAGAUUAUUGAUUGUUUCCUAAUGUUUGCCAUACAUUUUCAACUAAAUCAGCUUUCAAACGUUCAUGUUUUCCUGAAUCUCGAACUUCAUUGCGCAUGCCUAGCAUGUUAGUGGAAUGCAAACUUUCUCGCCUUGUGACCUUCGAACCUCUGCUCGACUCUCCUGACUCGAACUGAGAAGUAUCAGUUAGACUGUAUUUGCCUCGUUCGUUCUCUACAAUCAUAUUGUGCAAUAUGAUACAACAUCUCAUAAUCUUCCCUAACUUUUCCUUGUCCCAUAGUCGGCAUGGGUUUUUGACUAUUGCAAAUGAUAUGUGGUGUUUUUAAUACCAAUACAUGUGCACUUUGAGCUCAUUUUCAGUUCUAAUUCGUGUUUAAUUUACAUCAUUCCAGGUUAGGAACAGCUGAAAGAGUAAAGGAGAAAGUUUCAGGAAGUCAGAUGCUGUUUUGAAGGAUUCAACGUGGAACAGUCAUUUAGAACAACCCAAGGGUUGCUCCCGAAGAGAUCAAGCAUUAGACUGCUCCCGAUCAUUAAGGAAACUUCCUAUUCUGGAGUUUGCCCUAGUUUCGACUUUCUCUUUCUCUUAUUCUCCUAUCACCAGCGCCUCCCUAUAAAAGGGGAGGCUAUCGUUUUCUUAAAGACACACUAGUUUUUACAAGAAACCUAGAUUGCUCUUUUGGAUUUUACGCAACUUGUAAGGGAGAAGGCUCCAUCUCUCAUUCUCACGAGAAGAUUACCCUGAACCCUUUGUCUUUUUACUUAUUUUAUAUGCAGUAUUAUUCAGAAAUCUUGCCUGUGUCAUCCUGCUUUGAUUGAGUAGUAGGCUAAGCUUGCUUAGGGUUGUAGGGUGUUAGCCGCAUGAACUGAACACAAAUAAGUGAUCUCAACUAUCUUCAUUCAUAUUGAUCUUACUGCCUGCAUUGAACUGAUCACUUAAUGUUGGAUCUAUGAUUUAAUCCUCUAGCUAACCGUUAGGAGAUAAGUCGACCUAUAUUGAAUGAGCUUAGUAUCCCUAAUCAGCGAGAGUAGAUAUUAGGGUAUUAAGUGAACUAAUUAGAUCUUGCAUCUAAAGCUUGCUUUCGCGUCUUGUUCCAAGCGAGAGCUUAGGAUUCAAGGCCGACACGCAUAGGGAAUAAGAUCACGAUAGUGAGUUGUUCCAGCUGAGUGAUCUGAGUUCUAGACCGCAUUUCAUCGCACUUGAAUAGUUGUUCAGUUCUGCAAUUAACAUCCGAUCAUUGACCCUAAGCCAGCUUCAUUUAAAUUGAAUUCAAAUUACCUAGGCAUUCUUGUUACUUUUGUCACAAUUAAUUCUCAAAACCCACUUGUUUCUCAGCUUGACAUUGAACUCAUAAGAGUAAAGAGUAAACUGGUCCUCUGGAUUGAAUCUCAAAUAUUACAAUUACCACUGUUAACUUGACAGUAGCAAGGAUUCAUUUUUAGAAUAUCAAGUUUUGGCGCCGUUGCGACGGGGACUAAGCUUUUACCUUUAUUUUUCAGUUUAAUAUUUAGUCUGAGAUAUCUAACUUGCUUUACUUCUUUGUUGGAACAGAUGAUCCAAGUGCAUGACCAGUAGACAUACUCGGAGCAACGCACAAGGACCACUACAUCAGCUGACUAACGAAGAACUCGCAAGAUUAUAAAGACAGAACCGUCAACAGCCAAGAACAACCGACACCAACAUGGGUGAUCAUGGCAAUAUGGAUGACCUCACUGCUGCAUUGGCACUCAUUCAACAACAAAUGCAGAAUCAGCAACAGCAGAUGCAGCAGAUGCAGCAAACCAUCCAGAAUCAGCAACAAGCUGCACAAGAGCAAGCAGCCGAGAACGCUGCGAGAGAGGAGCGUGGUGCUCUUAUUGGGGAGCGAAACCUUCCGAGGAAUUUCGCUACUAACCGCUCUCCCAUCAACCCUCCACCCUGUACUCGACAGGAUUAUGAGAUCAAACCUGCACUGAUAGGUCUGGUACAGAAGAGCACAUUCAGUGGCCUCACUUCAGACAUACCAAUGGACCACAUAGAGGCCUUUGAGAGGAUCUGCAAUUUCUCUCGCUCAAAUGGAGUGCCACCAGAUUACGUCAAGUGCACGCUGUUCCCAUUUUCUCUUGAAGGGAAAACGGCACGUUGGCUGCAAUCUCUCCCAACCGGUUCUCUAACCUCAUGGGACCAGGUUCGAUCAGCAUUCCUGAGCCACUUCUACACAAAGUUCAAAACCGCGGCUCUAAGGCAUAGAAUCUCCAACUUCAAGCAGAAAUCUGAUGAACCCUUUUAUGAAGCUUGGGAGAGGUAUAAAGAGUACCAGAGGGAAUGUCCACACCACGGGUUUGAUGACGAUUACAUAUUGGAGGUGUUCUACGAUGGAGUGAGCUAUGAGUACCGAAACACCCUUGAUUCCUCUAGUAACGGAGACUUCAUGACUCAGACCACCCCUGGUGCAUUCGUGCUGAUUGAGAACAUGGCUUCUAGUUCACUCAACAAGAACAAGGAGCAUGAUCGCUCCAAAAGUGUGAACAGCAUAGACGAUUUAGCGGCGAAAGUGGACCAACUGCUGAAGGGAAACCAGAGCCAGGUCUUCAUAAUGGAAGAAGCAUCUCCUGAGAAGAGUGCGGGGGACAAGGCGUUUGAAGCUGAGCAGGCAGGAGACGAUCAGCAGGAAGUGAGUUACGUAAAUGGACAAGGGUGGCAGCUGAAGAAUUAUUACCCAAACCCUAACGUAAGGAACAAUCCACAACUUUUCUGGCCUAAGCAGGACAAACAAGUUGAUCCGGCGCAGAACAACCAGGGCCAGUAUUCGGGAUAUCAGAAGAACUACCAACCCCGAACAUAUGUUCUAAGCCAACCGCAGAGCAAUCAACCUCAAAUACAGAACCACCAGAACACUCAAGUCGCUACCUCCACCCCUGUCGCUGUUCCGCAAGAUGAAACUAAAACCAUGCUGCAGCAACUCCUCCAAGGACAACAGCUCCAAGGGAAAGCGCUGAACCAGGUCACUACCGAGAUCAAUACCAGGAUGAACCAUAUGUUCGGAGACCUGAGCACCAAAUAUGAUAAUGUCGCAAGCCAUAUGAGACAGAUGGACAUUCAGAUAGCUCAGACUGCCGAGAGUGUCAAGAGGCAGCAAGGUACUCUACCUGGUAAAACAGACAAAAACCCCAAGGAGUGCAAUGCGGUUCAGCUAAGAAGCGGGAAGCAACUUUCCGAGCCAGAAAGGAGAAGGUUCACCGCGGCUGAGAAAGGCAAGCAGAAAGAGUCAGAGCAACCACCAGCCGACCAAGCAGAUGAGGGGAAUACAGAGCCAGUAGUUGAAACAGUCUCGCCAGGCUCAGAACAACCAGCUGAAGCAGUGCGCCCGAUUCCAGAGGCUGUUCCUCCUCGCGAAUACAUUCCAAAAGUCCCUUACCCUGUUCCAGCGAAGGUCACUCGUAAGGACAAAGAGGAAAUAAAAUGCAGAAAGAUGCUGGAAGAUCUAACCGUCCGACUUCCCUUGAUGGAUGCGAUCUAGAUGAUGCCCUCCAUGCGUAGCUUUAUGAAGGGAUUGAUCUCAGGGAAAAUAUCAGAGGAGAGCGAGUUCAUGACAGUUUCCAAGGAGUGCAGCGCAGUGCUUCAGAACAGGCAAAUAAAAAAACGAGGAGAUCCCGGCAAAUUUGUCCUCUCUAUCCAGAUUGGGAAGACAGUUUUCGCCUGCUCCUUGGUGGAUCUUGGGUCCAGCGUGAAUCUCAUGCCGUACUCUGUAGCUCUACGACUCGGAUACACGCAUUUCAAACCAACUAAGAUGUCCUUGGUUUUCGCAGACAGAUCAGUCAAAUCUCCUGUUGGUAUUCUAGAGGAUCUCCAAGUGAAAGUGGGGAACACCUCUGUUCCAGCAGACUUCGUUGUUCUGGAAUUGGAAGAAGAGUCUAAGGACCCUCUCAUCUUGGGAAGACCAUUCUUAUGUACUGUCGGAGCUAUCAUUGAUGUGCGACAGGGGAAGAUUGAUCUGAAUCUUGGGGACAUAGUUAUGCAAUUUGAAAUGGAUGAGUUGCUAAAGAAGCCGAUGUUGGAUGGGCAAACCUUUGAGGUCAAUGAAGGGGUUGAUCCGCUCCAACCACAAGAAGGAAUGAUCGAGGAGAUUCUUACCGAAGACCCACUGGAACUUGCACUAGUGCGUGCUGAAGCCGAGCAGAGUAUGGUGAACAUUGAUGCUGAUGGAUAUGCCAAGAUGCUUGACUCCGCAAGGAGUAUGGGGAGAAUGGUAGCGAGUCUAAGUCUGGGGGAGGAUAUCAACAGGUGCGAGACCACUCCAUCUGGAGCGACCCCUAAACCGGACCAACCAGAGGAUCCCUGGAGCGAGCUCAAGGCUCCCAAAGUUGAGCUAAAACCCCUUCCCAAAGGGCUCAGGUACGCUUUCUUAGGUCCAAAUUCCACAUAUCCUGUCAUUGUGAAUGCUGAGCUGAAUAAUGUGGAAACUGCAUUGCUUUUAUGCGAGCUUAGAAAAUAUCGUAAGGCAUUAGGAUAUUCGCUAGCUGACAUCCCUGGUAUUUCGCCUGAUUUAUGCAUGCAUAGAAUCCACUUGGAAGAUGAAUCAAUGACUUCUGUCGAACAUCAGAGGAGGUUAAACCUGAAUCUAAAAGAUGUCGUUAAGAAAUAGAUAAUGAAACUUCUUGAAGCAGGCGUGAUCUAUGCGAUUUCUGAUAGUAAAUGGAUCAGUCCUGUUCAUGUUGUACCUAAGAAAGGUGGGAUCACUGUUAUCACAAAUGAAAAGAAUGAAUUGAUCCCUACUAGGACAGUGACAGGACAUCGCAUGUGCAUAGAUUUCAGGAAAAUUAAAUGCAGCAACUAGAAAGGAUCACUUCCCACUCCCUUUUAUUGAUCAAAUGCUUGAGAGAUUGGCUAACCACCCAUAUUACUGCUUUUUAGAUGGUUAUUCAGGUUUCUUUCAGAUUCCCAUCCAUCCAGACGAUCAGGAGAAGACGACGUUCACAUGCCCCUACGGAACGUACGCUUACAGGAGAAUGCCAUUCGGCUUGUGCAAUGCGCCAGCAACAUUCCAGCGCUGCAUGAUGUCGAUCUUUACUGACCUGAUUGAAGACAUUAUGGAAGUUUUCAUGGACGAUUUCAGCGUCUAUGGAAGCUCCUUUAAUGUCUGUUUGUCAAACUUGUGCAGGGUUCUUAAAAGAUGUGAGGAGAAACACCUCGUACUCAACUGGGACUUCAUGGUCACAGACGGGAUUGUUCUAGGGCACAAGAUCUCCGAGAAAGGAAUUGAGGUGGAUAAGGCAAAGAUCGAGGUGAUGAUGAGUUUGCAACCACCAACAAACGUGAAGGCCAUCAGGAGUUUCUUGGGUCACGCUGGGUUUUACCGACGGUUUAUCCAAGACUUCUCAAGGAUAGCAAGACCACUCACCAGACUGCUCUGUAAGGAGAUCAAAUUCGAUUUCGACAGUGAGUGUCUAGCUGCUUUCCACACCAUCAAGGGAGCUCUAGUCAGUGCACCUGUUGUGCAACCACCAGACUGGGACCUACCCUUUGAAAUCAUGACUGAUGCAAGCGAUUUUGCAGUUGGAGCAGUACUUGGGCAGCGUAAGGACAAGAAACUUCAUGUGAUCUAUUACGCUAGCAAAACUAUGGAUGAAGCUCAGUGCAGAUACGCUACAACUGAGAAAGAGCUUCUGGCUAUUGUUUUUGCUUUCGAAAAAUUUAGGUCCUACCUAGUGGGAUCUAAAGUGAUUGUGCACACAGACCAUGCUGCUCUUAAGUACCUGCUCACAAAGAAAGAUGCGAAACCGAGGUUGUUAAGGUGAAUUCUUCUUCUCCAAGAAUUUAUCUAGAGAUAAAAGAUAAGAGAGGUGUCGAGAAUGAGGUUGCUGACCAUCUAUCCAGAAUGAAGAUUGAGGACGACACAACUCUUGACGAGGAACACCCAGUUGAACACGUCAACGCGAUUGGUCUGUGUUACGCGGAACAAUCUCCAAGAACCACAUCAGACUGCUCCAGCAUCGCGGAACAACCUCCGAGGAAGGCACCCGAUUGUUCUCACAUCUCAAAACAUCAUGUCGCCUUGAUCCAAAAGCAAUAUCCUCACCUCCCAUGGUUUGCUGAGAUUACGAACUAUCUAGCUGCUGAAAAGCCACCACUUAAGUUCACACGAAACGACAAGAGGAAAUUCCUGAGAGAGGCAAGGCGUUAUGUUUGGGAUGAACCGUUCUUGUACAAACAAGGCAAGGAUGGUUUAUUCAGAAGGUGUGUUCCAGAGGCAGAUAUCCCAGGAAUUCUGCACCACUGCCAUGGUUCAUCUUACGCAGGUCAUUUCGCUGCAUUCAAAACGGUUUCUAAAGUCCUCCAAGCAGGGUUCUGGUGGCCGACUAUGUUCAGGGAUGCUCAAGCCUACGUAGCCAGGUGCGAUGCAUGCCAGCGACUUGGGAACAUCAGCAAGAGGAAUGAGAUGCCUCAGAAUUACAUUCUAGAGGUUAAGGUAUUCGACUGUUGGGGAGUCGAUUUCAUGGGACCAUUCCCUGCGUCCUUCAAGAACGAGUACAUCCUUGUCGCCGUUGACUACGUGUCUAAGUGGGUAGAAGCAGUAGCAAGCCCUACGAACGAUGCAAAAGUGGCGACUAAGAUGUUCAGCUCAAUCAUAUUCCCAAGGUUCGGAGUGCCUAGGGUCGUAAUCAGCGAUGGUGGAACACACUUCAUCAACAAGGCAUUUCAGGGCCUUUUAAAGAAGAAUGGAGUGAACCACAAGGUGGCAACCGCUUACCAUCCACAGACGAGCGGACAGGUUGAGGUGUCCAACAGGGAGAUCAAAAGCAUCCUGCAGAAAACUGUCAACACUUCGCGAAAGGACUGGUCGCUUAAGCUGGACGAUGCGCUAUGGGCCUACAGAACAGCCUACAAGACGCCGCUAGGACGACUCCCUACCACCUUGUGUAUGGUAAAGCAUGUCACCUCCCCGUCGAGCUUGAAUACAAGGCUGCAUGGGCAGUCAAGCUACUGAAUUUUGACAUCAAGCCAGCAACCGAGAGACGCAUGAUCCAGAUUCAUGAACUGGAGGAGAUAAGGCACCUCGCCUAUGAAAGCUCCAAAAUCUACAAAGAGAAAACCAAGGCCUACCAUGACAAGAGGAUCAUUGCCAGACAAUUCGAACCCAACGAUAAGGUCUUGCUUUUCAAUUCGAGGCUGAGAUUGUUCCCAGGGAAGUUGAAGUCUAGAUGGUCCGGGCCUUUCACUGUUAAGGAAGUUCGACCCUACGGAGCAGUUGUGUUAUUAGACAGAAAAGGCGACGAGUUUGUAGUGAAUGGACAGCGCGUCAAGCACUACCUUGCUGACUCCACUAUCGCAGAGGGAGAAGAAAUUCUCCUAAGCGAGCCCCCAUCAGCCUGAUCGAUUGAUCCAAGUCGAGCUAAUGACUUUAAACAAGCGCUUGGUGGGAGGCAACCCACUGAUCAGUACAUAUAUUGUCUACAUAGUCUGUUCUUUUCCUUUUCUAAUUUAUUUUGCAGGUAAAAAAAAAAAAAAUCGGACUCUUCACUCAGAACAACCAACGGACUGUUCUUCUGUUAGAACAACCCAUCGACUGUUCCAGGUAAGUGUUCCGAACAAAAAAAAAAAAAAAAAAAUAAAGAGGAUAAUUUCGGGAACAGUUAGGGUUUUUCCUAUUUAAGGCUUCACUCUUCACUUUCCCUUUCAGUCCGCCGUACACUGAUCCCCCACUUGCGAUUUUCUCUAAACAAACCACCAAAUCUUUGAUUCUCAACCGUUUUAAGUGGUUUUGCUUCUCAUUCGUUUGGAAUCUCGAGUUCUCUCUGUUUUUGCAGAUCACUUCACCAGUUUCCACAGGUAAGAGGCCCGACAAUCCCAACCAAAUCGCAAAAACUCGGUUUGCAAGUUCAUUUCUAACCGCUUUCAUAGAUCGAUUCUUGUUUAACCACUUGAUUUCGAUCUCCCCUUGUGCUGUUAGAGUUGAUUUAGAAUAUGAACACUCUCCUGUUUCACGAUUGCGAUUUGAGAAUGAAGCAAUAAGGGUUUAGAUUUCAGUUUGAUUUGGUUGAAAUUUGUUGAAGUGAACAGCGGUUUGCAGUUCGCACAAGGAGAGAUGGGAAUACUUCGAUUCCAUUUCUUCUGUGUGAAAUAAUAGAACUAAUGCUUGAUCUUGUUUGCCUUGUAGAUGGCAAGAACUAAGCAAUCCGCCAAGCGAACGAGAGCCACGUGCACAAGCCACCCCCGCAAGUGCAGCAACAAACGUCCGCCUCCUACCCAUGGCCCCGUGAACAAGAGGGUGAACUGAUUGAUCUCGACAGCCCAUUGCUCAUGGACUUCAAUUGCGAGGGGUGGGAUAAGGGGACAGCAGCGCGUUACAACGCCCUCCUCCGAGUUGACAUGCUACCCACUCGUUUUUGCCACGCGGAAACUUUGGCUGAUCUUGGGAUCGACGAGGAUGUAUUCGAGACGCUGCACGCCAUCGGGAUUGCUCCUCUGUGCUACACAACGCACGAGCUCUACCCAGACCUUGUUCGCCAGAUGCUCGCCACAGCCACGAUCACUUACGAGGAUUCCGACGCACCCUCCUACGCCAACUGCUCGUUCUCUUUCAUGGCAGAUGGAGAGUACUGCUCCUUGUCCCUCGACAAGCUCAAUGAAAUCUAUGAGAUGGCCACUGAACCGAAGGGGGUAGCGGUGGCGAAAAAGUUCUCUCCCUCUUACGCCUUUUGGGACUGCGUUGCAAAUGGGAACUUCACAGCCGGAAAGGUCUACCAGUCGCAGAUUCGGAACCCCGCGCUUCGUGUCAUCGCGAAGAUCAUCUCAAACCUCCUGUUCGCUAAGGAUCUGACCUCGAAGGUCACCAACGGGGAGCUGCAAACCCUGUACACUGGUAUUGAGGAUGAAAUUCGCGCCUCUGGUUCCAGAAUUCCCAUUCAAAAGGUUAAGACGAAUCCCGGUUUCAACUUCAUGACCAUGAUAUGCGAGCGGCGACAGUGCCUUAUGCACGGCUCGAAGAAGAAAGACAGGAGCGGCAGCCUGCUCACACCGCUUUUCAAGCAUUUCGGCAUUGAUCUCACCAAAUACAGCGUCAACAAGGAGGUCCAGUACCUCGACAUUAGGUACCUAAUGGCGUGCCACAUCAUGCGAGAUGAAUAGACCUACAGCUUUUUCGAUAAAGCCGGAACUCAGCUAUUCACCAAACUGCCUCACCCCGAGAUCACCAGGUUCAGCGUGUUUGAGAACAUACGGUUUCUUCCUCCCCCCGAGCUCCUUUGCACUGAUCCACGUGCUGCGGUCCCUGACGAAGACAUGGAUGAUGUUGAGGACAUCACCCCUGAAGCCGACCCAUCGUACGACCUCGGAGAGCUCGCUGAUGUGACCGAUGAUCAAGCUUACAGACGCUGGAUGGUGGACUCGCAGCGAAAAAACAACAGCCUCAUGCGGAGGAUACUCCACCUCGUCACUGGGGGAUGCAUUGGAGGGAGCGCCCAGCGCCAGUCUACGACAGAUCGCCCACCAAGAUCCCACUGACCAGGCAAGGAGCCCAUGGGAACUGGCCCUUCUUCAGAAGAGGUUCAUCGCUCGCGCAACAGGCGAUCCUUUGACCCAGCCGAGAGCGGCGAGUCCGACUGAGUCCGCAAGGACUAUCCUCUAUCCAUUGUUCUAUCCAUCUGAACUUUUUAUUUUUAUUUUUUAUGUGUUAUGUUGUGUUGCUUUUUGGCUGACCUCAGCUUCAUUUCCACGAGGGAUGGUGUCGAUUAAGUCUGGGGGAAGCACUGUGUGCUGAAACUCUAUUUCUUUGUUUCUUUGUUUUUGAGUCAGUCCUUGCGUCAUUUGGAUGUUUUAUCGAGUCAGUUUAGGAUCGAGUCAGUUAAAACUCUUGUGGGAAUUAGGACCUUGUGAUAUAUUCUUUUAACCACCUCGUGCUCUAACAUUCUUAUCCAGUGACCUUAGCAGUGAUGAAAGAGCCCAUACUUGGACCUGGAACACCCUUUGACUCAUCUCAUUUGACUCUCCAGAAGCUCUCAUCCGAUCAGGUUACACUGGGUAGACUCAACUCCACCCCAACUUGAACCUAAUCUUGACUGAAAUUCUUCUUGUUAUGGGCACUAGAUCAGGGAAACGAGACCAACGCUCAGGGCUUCUUAUUCUUUUUACCAAUCUUGCUGAUCCUGAGCGGCUAGCUCAUUUUUAGCUAGUUCCAACCUUCUACCUAAGCCUUUAUUUUCACCCUCAUGCAUUCUAUUUUUCAAUGUUAUAUGUGCAGAUAUGUGCAAAAGGGCCGGAGAGGAUAGGAUUGACACAGCCCCUUACUCGUUGACGCCUGACACUCAGAGAGAAGAGCAAGCAGAUUGAGAACAGUCGACAAGAUCAAUCCUUAAAGAAAGGAACAGUCGAAGGCGCAUGGAACAAUGGCACCCCGUGAGAAACAGAGGAUAGACCCCCAGCGGCUGCAAAACAUUCGUCCCGAUACCUCUCUCCAUCUCCACUCAAAAAAAAAAAAAAAAAAAAAA